UUUCUACAUUAGAAAUGUCAAUAUCCAACAAUGAGUUCCCACAGGAUACCGAUGAAAGCGAUUCCGAAAUCAACCUAGAUAAUGAUAAUCCUGAUUAUUACCAACCAAUCUCUUCCUCUGAUGAAGAAGACGAUCACGAUUCUGAUCCAAACCAAGGUUUUCAAAUGCCCUCUAAUGGUCAAACCGAACCUGAAAUUGAUGAAGAAAUAGAGGAGGAGGUGAUUGAAGGAGCUACAAAUUCAGAAAUUUCAAGAGCUUUUAGAGAAGAUGAGAAUCGUCGGAAAGCACCAUUAACCCCUGAGAAUACGAAUCGAAUCAUGGACGCAAUGCGUGGGAUUUCAUUACAAGGGUUUGUUCCGGAUUGGAGUAAUCAAGUUCCUGAAUCUAAUUGGAUUGAUCACCUCAGGAAUUUAAGACAACAACAACAACAACAACCCAUUUCUUCUACCUCUUCAAUUUCCACUGGUACUGGAGAGAGUUAAGUAAAUGUGGGUUUGUGAAGAAGAGCGGGAUAUAUCCAAAAAGGUUAACAGGCUGCCAUCCAAGAAGUGUCUGGAAUCUAGUCACUUUCAGCAAUCGCAACAACAAAGGAAACUAUGCACUUAGUAUAGUGAAGACACAACAUGAACCCUGUAAGUUUAGACUGAACACUGACAAAAUGUAUUUAAACAAUGGUCCGUGAAGGAUGUUUCCAUUUAUGAAAAUUUUUACAGUACUUUUAGAUAUUCCAGCAAUCAUUUCCUUUGGAUUAUGAUCAGAAUCCAGAAUUUCUUUUUUAUAUAUACUGAGAAUCAUUGAGAUAAUAUCAGUAUUUACAGUGC